UUUUUUCUCAGUUAAAAAAAUCAGAGAUUUGUUCAUAAUAUUUGCUCUCCAGUCUCCGCCAUCCUCACCAAUUAACAGAGUCGGUGCGCCACCGUCUGUCCGCCGCCGGCGAAUUCUAGUACCGGAAUCUUCGCUUCUCAUUAACUUCUCUGCUUUCAAAUGAAGAUAUAGUUUCAUCAACUCUUACGGCGAAGAUGUAUACUGAUUAAGGAUUAGUACUGUUUUUGCAACUGGCCCUGCAAUGAAGUGGAUGUAGCUAGCAAGCCGAAGAAACGACGUCGCAGAAUGCUGUGCAGGAAGGGUCUCCGGAACUGCGGAUCAGGAUCGGUGCCGGUGUACCUCAAUGUGUACGAUCUAACGCCGAUUAACGGCUACGCCUACUGGUGCGGCCUCGGAGUAUACCAUUCCGGCGUCCAAGUUCAUGGAGUGGAGUAUGCAUUUGGAGCUCACGAGUACCCGUCGACGGGGAUAUUCGAAGGGGAACCAAGACGGUGCGAGGGUUUCGUGUUCAGGAAGACGAUACUGAUCGGGAAGACGGAGAUGGGAGAGGAAGGUGUGAGGAGGGUGAUGGAAGAGCUCGCCGGAGAGUACAGAGGGAAUGCGUACAAUCUCAUCACCAAGAAUUGCAACCAUUUCUGCAACGAUGCAUGCCUUAAACUCACCGGAAAAUCUAUUCCCAGUUGGAUCAACCGGCUCGCUAGAAUCGGAUUCCUCUGCAAGUGUGUUCUUCCAGUGGCUUUAAACUCAACCAGAGUUAGGCAUCACAGAAUUGAAGACAAACAAUGUGUAGAAGAGAAGCAAGAAGCAUCAUCAUCUUCAACAACAACAACAAGUGGCCCUUCAAGAACAUCCGACAAAAUUGGAACGAUACAGAGAUCAUCAUCAACAAGUGAGACAAAUAACAAUAAGAAGAUGACAUCUUCGAAUUCAGCAUCCUCUCCAUCAUCAAUUUCCCCUGCUUCUUCUACCUCCUCUGCUACCCGCCGGCAAAGGAGUAUAACCAGACCUGACCUUCCUCCACCUUCUUCACCUGUGAUUAUGGAGCCCCCUUCUUCAUCUUCAUGUCUAAACUCAGAACAUUAGAAUUUUCCCUUUUCUUGGGUUUUUGUUUUUCUGAAGCUCAAAUGUGAUAUUCAUUCUUUUCAUCCAAUUCCCCCAUAAAGAAAAUGGUAUAUGAAGAAAGCUGGCAGGAUAACUGGGGCUGAUAAUGCGUGCUUGUGUUGUAUUUGCCUCAUCUUGUGUUGGAUUUUGUUGUAAGAUUGCUUUAGAAUUUGUAGAAGUGUAUCAUUUUCAGAUACUGAUCAAAAACACCUAAUUAGGUUUGAUCUGUUUAAUUUUAUACAGUUCUGCUUGAUGGAGGUUUAAGUGAAAUGCUGAUAUUGAUUCAUAUCAGAAGUGGAAUCGUAUUUAGGGAAUGUUUGUUGAUUAUGAAUAAUAUAUUAAAAGAAACUGAGGAA